UUAUCUUAUUUGUGCUGAGGCUUGGAAACGCGAUCUUUGCAGAUAACGGCUUACGGGCACCGGUUCGUGCGGCUGGACAACUACAACAAACUGGACCUGGUGCUGGUGGCCACGUGCAUCUUCGUGUUCGUCAUCCAGUUCACCAUAUACUUCCUGGUCGCCGCUCAGUACCAGUACCAGACCCUCCCCACGGCCAUCUUCAUCCUGGCGAUGUCUGUGCGGCUGGUCCACGCCGUCAAGUACAUCGAGGUGGUCCAGGACUGGCUGCUGGACUUGCUGCACCGGUACCUGGACAAGAUAAUCUACGCGGCGUACGAGACCUCGCUGGCCAUCAUCACGGGCGAGGAAGAGGUGCAGCAGAACGUGUGGAAGUACGUGCAGUCGUCCGACCUGGCGCUCGAGACACGCAGCCGGGCCACCAACAACCGGCUGAUCGUGCUGCGCAACCUGGUCGAGAUCCAGUCGCGGUUCCCGGGCAUCGCGGUCGCCUUCAAGAGUCGGCAGGCCGGCCAGACCAUCUUGAACGACGUGUCCGCGCACGUGGCCGAGAUGCAGCGCGACGGCUUCUUCACCGAGGAGCAGCACCGCGAGCUGUACCAGAUGCUCAAGGACAAGAUGAUGGGCAUCAUUUGCGCGCCCAACAGCUUGCCGGCGAGCUACAAGCCGAUCGCCGUGCUGCGCGUCAUUCCCUGGAUCGGGUCUGACAGCGUUCGGCAGUUCCUCGCUAUGCAGCUCAGGCCAGUGGCUUACGGGGCUGGCGAUGUCAUCGUCGACAAAGGCUGCGAGAGCCAUGUCCUCAUUACAUACUCGGGCAUUGUCAAAAUCGAGGGCGAGGUGGAGUACCGUGAGGACGGCGCGCUUCCGAACUCGUCGUCGUCCCUGUUCUUCUUUAGCGACGAGUACUUCGAGGACUACCUGGGCGCCCCCGUCACGCUGGGAGCCCUCGGCCUGGUCAGUGACGAGCCUACCGUGACGCGAGUAUCCGCCGAGACGCCCGUCAAUGCGUACAUUAUUCCACGGAGCCGCGUUGUGGAGGCGAUACAGAUAUUCACCAAGUCUCCUAGUUUCCUGUACCAGAUAUGGUACUAUAUCGCCAACAUUUUCGGCGUGCUCAUUUUACAAACUCAAGCCAAGUACCAGGUGAGUCGGAGACCAUGCAAGAAAGUGUAGCGAACUUAAAUUUAUGUGUUGAUGCGAUUACUGCUGGCCAGGGGCAUAAAGGUGUAAGCUGUAAGAGAUAACUACGCUGAAUGCUCGCCUCACC